UCAAAAGAAGAAGAAGAAGAAGAAGUGUUUACGGUCGUCAGCUGGGCGGGCGGGGCACACAGCUGUUGGUGCGUCGCAAGUGGUCCAGGAACAGAGAAGAGUAUGAUAACACGCCUGGCCAGCCCCUGAAACACUGAAAAAGAAGAAGAGCAUAAUAACUCCGGCCUGCACCACAACAACCGCUCACAGCCAUGGGGCCCCAGGACGGAGGCGAUCAAGAAGUGUUUGAUAUUGUUGAUUUCACCACUGCAUCAGAAUGGGAGUGCUUCAUUGCUGCAGUAGAGGAGGCUAUACAUGAGUGGAGGCUGUCUGGAGAGGGGCAACUCUCUCCACUAACCAAGGGGCAGCUAGCCACUGCAAAAUGGAGUGAAAGAAAUGUUGUUGUCAAAUUUGCUGAUUUUCCAUUUAAGAUGACUCAUCACUGUAUUGCCAGUGAAACGGUUGAGUCUCCACCUGAAGAGUCUGAGCCAACUACUGACUCUGAUGAUGAAGAAGCAGAGAAGCUUCCAAGAGCACUUGAAGAUAUGAUGAAUCGAGAGAAUGACUUUCCAGCCCGAGCACAUUGUCUGGUACGCUGGUAUGGCCUCCGGGAAUUUGUUACAAUCUGCCCAUCAAAUCCAAGUCAUCCCAUUAUGUCCCCAUCAAAAGCAAAGCUGCUGCUUUCCUCAGCAGGAAUUGCAGCCAAUAACACAAACUGCCAGGUUCCCAUAUUUGUACAAAUUCUACGGCCAAAUGAAAAAAUGUACCAUGGAGUGGGGCUCGGGUCAGGUGUACGCACAGACUAUGACAUGGUGCACUUCAGGCAGCCUCCCCGCCAGUGUACACAUCUUGCUGGGCUCUUAGAUGUGUUCAAGAAUAAGUUGCAGUGCUGUGUGACCUCACCACCUGUCCUGGUGUCUGUGAGGUUCACUUAUGUCCUCACUGAAUGGCCACACACCCUCUGGACACAGCAGCCUCCAGAUUUUGAUGCAACACUUACUGAGGUUGGCUUCUCUGAUCUGGGGAAACUGCCUUUUGGUGCUUUAAGUGACCCUAUAAGUGAGUUACACUUAUCAGCCACAUGGCCAUGUGUAACUGAAGAUGUGUUGGUGGACAGUGACGUGUACAGUGAUCUUGACCCCGGCUCUGCUCCCUUGUGGACUGCUCGCCUAGUCACAGCCACCUCCCCACCCUGCCUUCUCUCUGAGUAUCUGACAGAAUUUCUUCAUGUCUGUAAGAACAACCAAUCAAUAAGUCAGAUACUUGGGCCAGAUUACACUCAAGAUGUGGAAGGAGAAAUUGCCAUGUUCUCUUCUGCUCUGGACCGUCUGACAGAACCAUCUGUGCCGAGUCUGUCUUCUGUGGUGGGGCGAGUGCGCAUGGGGCAUAAAGGGGCUCGCCAGUUUGUUAGUGCCCAGUCUGGAGAAUGCAAUCCCAUACCUACUGACAUCAUUAUUCCCAUACUGAACUACCUGUUUCCUGAUGCCGAGGGAGACGACCCCACUUCUCCCUACCCAAGCACUUUGAGUCAAGUGCCAGAAUGGUUGACAACAGGAGGAGAAGCAGCUGACCAUCCAUUGAAGGCCCUCUUAAGCAACAUGAAGAGUAGUGGAGCUGACGGUUUGGUUUGGCGACUGGCUGUAGUGCUGUGCCAUGUUGCCCACUCUCUUGGAGGUCUUCCUGCUGCAGCACAUCUUUGGCAUGAGGUUGUGUUGGAGCUGAGGUUCCGCUGGGACCAUGCAGUGAUCAUUCCAGGGGUGGGGGGUGGAGUCCCAGACCUUGCCUCAACUAUUUUGCACCAGAAGCUUCAGAUGCUGAACUGCUGCAUCAACCGUAGGAAGGCCAGGGAACAAUCUUCUUCAUCUAAAUCAAGUAAUGAGGAUGCUGAUGAUGAAGAUGAGUUUUAUGAAUGUGAUGAGGAUAUGGAAGAGGAGGAAAAAUCCAAUGGUAGUCGUUCUUCAUGGGACAAGCCGGAGGGACGCAUCAAACGGUGCGGCAAGCUGCGUCUCCUCAAGACCAACGAUCCACUGUACAUACCCUUCACCCAGGAGCCAGCACCUAUGACAGAGGACAGGCUUGAGGAGCAUGCUGGAGUACUCCUGCGCUUAGGGACGGAUGCUAUGGGCUCCCAGCUACGUGCCCGCAUGAUGUCUGCCUCCCUGCUGUCAGACAUGGAAUCCUUCAAGGCUGCCAACCCUGGGGCUGUGCUGGAAGAUUUUGUUCGAUGGUAUUCACCCAGAGAUUGGAUAGAAGAAGUGGGUGAUCCCAACCAGCCUCCACAGGGCAGUCUAAGCACAAGAAUGCAAAUUCCUGGAAACAUGUGGAAAGAAGUGUGGACUAAUGCCAAGCCAGUGCCAGCAAGACGUCAGAAGCGCCUGUUUGAUGAUACACGAGAAGCUGAACAAGUCUUACACUGGCUGGCAUCACUAGGCCCAGGUACCCUGUGCUGCCACCUUCUACCCACCAUCAUCCAUGCCUCAUUAUGCCGGCUUGCUGAGGAGAAGCUGCUUUUUGAUCUUCCUUCUCCCAACAGUCUCCCACAGCCAUGUCACAGCAGUUCUCUGGCUACAAUCUUGGAUGUGAUCACCCAGAGGGCUGUCAGACUUUCCCGGCAGCCUCCUGAUACAAAUAAAUAUCAAGAGUUAAUUGACCAGAUAGCAGAAGUAGAAGUUUGCGUGGCACGGGCCCAGAGUGUUCGCCACAAAAUACUGGGAGAUGCCGCAGCAACACAGGACUCUGCUCAGCAUCUUGAGGACUUAGUACUCAGACUUCUGGACUCCCCUGAGGUCAACCUAGAAGGAGGAUCUCGUGGACCUGCUGCUUUGGCCAUUCGCAAACUCUUUCAACAAGCUCGGAAGGCAUCCUUGUUGCUGGAUGAUUCACCUCAAGAGGAGUCCCCAAACCUGGAGCACCGGCAGUCAUAUGGCAGCUCAGGCUUAAGUGGUGCAGUGAGUGAGCUAGGGCGCCCCAUGGGCAGGGAAUACCUCCUGAGGACGCUGGUGCCCUUCCCCACAACCUACUCCCGUCCAGUGCCCCACCGCAUGUUUGCUGUCCUGCUUCCAAACGAAUUCCGUCUCACUGGAGCUUUUUCGCAAGACACCACUUUUAGCUGAGAAAGUCACUAGUUAAUAGUCUUAUUAUAAAGCUUCCGGGUAUGUAUAUCAUAUGAUAUUUUGAAAUAGUCAUUAUAGAGGAAUAACAGUGUUUUCCCUUUUGAAAAAUCUUUUGUUCACCCUACCUAAUAAAAAGAAAGAUUCUUGCUUGGGAAUUUCUACUGAAGGAAUGACCAUGGCAAGGAUGUCCCUCUAACCUUUUCCUUUAAUUCAAAGUAUACACAAUUUUCUUCUGCAUUGUAGAGCUUGUUGCUGUCUGAUUUUUUUUGUCAGGCAUCUCCAUUCUUAUCCAAUAUAUUUAAAUACCUAGCUCUUACAUGAAUCAUCUUUCUGAAUGUAUAAGUAUUUCAUUUAUGCUUUUAACUAUUCAUGCUCGCCUAUUUCAAAUCAAUGAAGUGGUUUCAGCCUUCCUAUAUGAAAUUUCAAAUAUUUUAAAGCAACACCUAUGAUUGGAUUUUUCAGUUUGUUUAUUGUGUCCACUGGAACAUCUUGACCAUAGACAGUGUCACGAAAGCUGGAGGGGAUGAUCCUUUAGGGAGGGACAUGUGGACUUGGUAUCAUCGCUUGGGUGAUGAUACUGCAUGCUCAUUGGCCAAUUCUUAACUUGAUCUAACGUGCAUGAAAUUGACUUUAUUCCUACCAAAACCCUCUUUGAGUCGUAAAGUAACUGAUUGCACUGACAGAAUAGUUUCUGUCAGUGCAAUAAUAUCUUUAUUGAUAAAUAUGUGCCUUUUGAACUAUUAUAGAUAAAUCUGAAAUGACAUUCAUAACAAAACUAAGUCGGAACUGCACGUAAAAUUAAGCAACUGAAGCGCUUAAUGUUUUCAAGUCCUGUUAAGGCUAGACUUUUUUCCCCUACUUUUCUACUAUUACAAAGUGUUAGGCUACAAUCUACAUGAUGUCAUUCGUUACCUCAUUUAUAGUAAGAUUUCUUGGUAAAUUUUUUGUCCUGACUUAGUCAUAAUGUGUAGUGAUGCCAUGUAGUCAUAACGCAAACACUGUCCGAAGGCAAGAACCUUUUCUUCUCCUUCAUUGUGCUAUCAUUAAUCCUGAAAUGUCGUUAUUUGUGGGUAAUAUUUUUUUCAUGUGUGCUGCCUAUAGCAUUUUCUUGAGGGGUCUUUUGGGUGAACCACAGCCCAUUAGUAAUCCAGGAAUUUUGUUUUAUAGUGACUGCUGUGAUAUAUGACAUUUGCUUGGCCCAUGCUCCCCCCCGGUGCUCCUCUUGAACAAAGUCACUGAAGCAUGUGGGUAAUUUUCUGCCACUUGGCGAUGAUUUGAAAAAUCAGCGUUUCAGUGGGACUUAAACCUAGGUCCAUGGGCUCACCACGCUCGCAUGCUGGCCAUUCAACCACUGCCUUCCCAUAAAGAUUGCCAUAAGAAGAACAAUUAUAAGAAUAAUUACAUUUAGAUACCAACAGUUUUGAUUUAAAGAGGUAGCAGAGAGUGAGAGACGGUAGGCUAUGUUAUAGCAAACGGAAUUGGCCGCAGGUUAAAUAUAGCAAACAACAGGCUAAUGAGUGGCACAGAGACCAUCACCCAGCAAUGAUGCCAAGUCCCUGAGUCCAUUCCUGAAGGACUGUCCCUGUCAGCUUCCGUGUCACUGACUAUAGCUAUUUUCAUUUCCCUGCAUUCUAUAUGAAAGUCUAAAGCAAACAUCAGAAGUAAAAAUUUUCUUGAUCUAUGAAUAUGACUGAUAUUUUCCUACUGUUAUAGUAAUCUUAAAUAUGUAGUUGAAUAUUCAUCUCACUUUAUACAGGCCUACAUUUCUCUUUAACAUCAAUCUCUUGCUUUGCCCCAACUGUGUAUAAUCAUCAUAGAACUGUAAGAAGAGGUACCAUGGAUAGCAAUGUAUUUAUUAAUGGGUUUUAAUUGUUAUGGAGUUUAAGUAAUUGCAAGCUUUCAUUAAUAUUUUACAUGUGCAAAUAAUAUUGAAUUCAUACAAACAAAGAAAUUAAUGCUAUAGUACUAUUUGACUCAUAAUUGUAAAUAUAUAUAACAGCAGUGGCAUCACCUAAGGGAGAUAGCUUGGAAGAGCUUCAAGACCACCCCAAAAAUAUCUUAGCCUCCCCUUAGCCUUGAAGCAAAUCUUUGUUCCUUUUUCUUGGCAUGACCUCAGCCUCUCCUUGCUGCAAAAUAGGCCCCCUUGAGGCUCCUCAGUGAACAAAAAAAAUCAAUGAGCUGCCCCUGAAAACUGUCUUUCUUGAUCCUCACCUUGAAAAUAAUAAAAUCUAAGGUUUGGAACUCCCUAACAAUUAAACAGAUGGUUAGCUGGGAGGUUAUAGUCAUAUUACCUGGGUUAGGCUGAGAGAGAGAGAGAGAGAGAGAGAGAGAGAGAGAGAGAGAGAGAGAGAGAGAGAGAGAGAGAGAGAGAGAGAGAAUAACACUCCUGCUGUAUUGUAUCUUUGGAGUGAAUGGCAGUGCAAUAGGCUGUCAGGCUUUCCUUAGUUAGUAAUGUUUUGCCAUUUUGAAACACUAGGUUUUGUAUGACCAUGAUUUGCUAAUGAGUUGAAAUGGUGCAUAUAUGCUGUUGUUAAAUUCUAUGAUGAAUAAAUAUAAUUAUUUUUCAGUAA